UAAUUAAGAGCUGAACUACUUACAUUGAUAUUAAGUAUACGGUACUAAAGUGAUUAACUUUGAUAUUUUCACAUGAAGAAAACUGACCUUUUGGCCUCAGUGCACAAUUUAAAUUCGAUACAUUAUAAAUGUUCUUGAGAUGUUCCGUUCUAACUCUUUAUUAGGUUAUCAUUGAAUCGAUCUUUUGAACGUCGAUCUCUUCCGAUUUUUCUUCUUCAAAAAUCGAUUAACUUUUGCUACUCUUUCUUGGUUAAAAUCCCUUUCUGAUACAACUUUUCUUUGAUUGUUUCAACUGUUUCUUAUUCAUUUUUUCUGUCAUCUUAAAUGCGAAAACAUCAUGUCAGAUUAUCGUUUAAGUUUAUCUAGUUGCUACAACUCUGUCUACUUUGGUGUUCAUGGAUUUCUCUGUGAGCAAUUUUGUUUAAUUUCAGAACGUAUUAAGUUUUUUCAGUUGUCAACAUCAGAAGGAUCUCGUUUUAAUAUCACCAUUCCACUCAUUCAUAUACAUCGAGCUUAUUUUGACUAUGAAAGGAUGAUUAUUUUUCAACACUGGUCUUAGAAAUUGUUCCUGAAUCUGCAAGCUUAAUAAGAGAAGCACUAAAAAUAGACCCGAAACAAAGUGAUUACACAGAAGGAACCAUUCUUGUUGGUGUUCGAUUAUACAAUGAAAAGGGAGACCUUGAAUCCUUAUUUGAAGACAGUUUUUCCUCCUUUAAUUCAGUUAUAUGGAGACUUGAGAUGACUCCGUGUCGAAGAGUCAAGAAAUACUUAGGUUUUAUUAACAAUUGUUCUCAGCGAUCAUCAUCAACAUGGCGGCCGAAUGUUUCAAAGCCAAAAUCAACCAGUUCCAUCAUUGAAAUCGAUCGUGACGAUCCUACUGAAAACCAGUUUCGCUUAAAAGGCUCAAAAUCAACUAAAGAUGAUCUUCUCUUCAGAUAUCCACCCGAUAGAACUGAACGUAUCUCAAUUCGCCUAUCGGAUCUUUCUUGUUUGGACGAAGGGCAACAUGUAAAUGAAACAAUCUUAGGUUUCUAUCUCAAGUACAUCGAGAGAAACUUAACAGCAUCAGACAUCGCCCAAAGAAGCUACAUAUUUAGUGUAUUUUUCUAUCACAAGCUCACCCAAAGAAUGCGAAAGGCUCAAACUCUGGAUAGCAAAUUAGUAUUUGAUCGAUGCUACAAAGGAGUAAAAAAUUGGACUAAAAAUGUCAAUAUCUUCCAUAAAGAUUUUAUAAUCAUGCCAAUUAACAAAUCUGGUCAUUGGUUUUUGGUAAUCAUAUGUUAUCCAAGAAAAGUGCCAUCGAUGAAUGAGAUUCUACCUAAUGAAAUCGAAAAAAGUCCCAAAAGACCUUGUAUACUUUUCAUGGACUCAGCUCAAAUAGUUAAUAGCGAGCUUGCAUUUUCCGAACCAAUAAGACACUUUCUAACUAAAGAAUGGGAAUCAAAUCAAACGUCAAAGAAAAACUUCAGUAAAAGUUCAAUGCCUGAUAUUUAUCUCAAAUUACCUAAGCAAAUUAACGACUUCGACUGUGGACUUUAUGUACUACAAAAUAUUGAAAAUUUCUUAAUAAAUCCUGAUUGUCUACUUGAAAGAAUUUGCAAAGAUCCUGCUUACAAUCUGGAAGAUUGGUUUUCUCUUUCUCAUGUCUCUUCUAAACGACGAACAAUCAAAAAUUUGAUCGAACAAAAGUGUAAAUAAGGAGAUUAAGAUUUUAAAUGAUAAUCACUGAUAAUAAUUGCUGAUGAGAACAGAAGAUGAUAUAAUGCAUAAACAAUUAUGCUACGAAUCAAUCGUGAACUGAUAGCGUUUUCAAGAGAGAAGUUUGAAGAAAAAAGUUUUCAAAAAUCCAUUCGUUGCUCUAUCAAAGUUGUUAUUUUGCAAUCCAACGAGUUUAUUAAAUUGGCGAGAAAA